UUCGCUACUCUUAUCACAGUAUACAUCAAUGGCGUUGGCCACAAAACCCCUCUCCUCCCUCUCCUCAUUCUCUACUCCCAGCCCCAUUCCAAACCGUAACUCAUUCCUCCUCCAUCCCAAAUUUCACUCUCGCGCACUACUCCCUUUAAUCAUUUGCAAAUCAACCCAAACCGACGCCGUCGAUUACCCUCUGUCAGUGCCCGAACUCGACGGCUCCGGAGCCGCCGCCCCAACCAGAGGCGACCUCUUCCUCCAAACACACCAUUCCUCAACCGCUUCGUCCGCUGUUCUCGCUGAAAUUAAGAAGAAUAAGAAGAAGGAGAAGAAGAAUUUAGAUAAGGCAGCGAAAUUACCUUCCUCCAUUGGCCCUAGCUGUUAUGGCUGCGGCGCACCUUUGCAGAAAUCCGAACCUGAUGCUCCGGGUUACAUCGAGCCGGAGACGUAUAAUUUGAAAAAGAAACAUAGGCAGCUUCGAACAGUGAUAUGCGGGAGGUGCCGGCUUUUGUCGCACGGGCAUAUGAUCACCGCAGUUGGUGGCAAUGGAGGUUAUCCCGGUGGGAAACAGUUUGUCACUGCGGAGGAGCUUCGGGAGAAGCUUUCGCAUUUGCGACACGAGAAAACGCUCAUUGUGAAAUUGGUUGAUAUAGUGGACUUCAACGGCAGCUUCUUGGCUCGUGUGCGUGAUCAUGUUGGUGCUAAUCCUAUAAUACUUGUCGUGACAAAGGUCGAUCUUCUUCCAAAGGGAACUGAUUUGAAUUGUGUUGGUGAUUGGGUUGUGGAGGCAACAAUGAAGAAGAAAUUGAACGUACUGAGUGUACACUUGACAAGUUCAAAGUCAUUGGUGGGCGUUGCUGGAGUGAUCUCAGAAAUUCAGAAAGAGAAGAAGGGAAGGGAUGUCUACAUAUUGGGUUCAGCUAAUGUUGGAAAGUCGGCUUUCAUUAAUGCAUUAUUAAAACUGUUAUCGUAUAAUGAUCCAGUAGCUGCUUCUGCAAGAAGAUAUAAACCCAUUCAAUCUGCUGUUCCUGGAACUACUUUGGGUCCAAUCCGAAUUGAAGCCUUCCUAAAUGGAGGGAACUUAUAUGAUACACCUGGAGUUCAUCUUCACCAUAGGCUAGCUGCUGUGAUUCAUUCAGAGGAUCUUCCUGUUCUUGCACCCCAAAGUCGACUCCUGGGUCAAACGUUUCCUAACAAUUCUCUGAUGUUAGAUGGCCCGUUAAUGGAGCAAAUCAGAUCAAGUGGAUUGGUUGGCUUCUCAAUCUUUUGGGGAGGUCUUGUCCGAAUUGACAUCAUUAAGGCUCUCCCAGAAACCCUUUUGACGUUUUAUGGACCUAAGGCGCUUCAACUUCAUGUUGUACCUACUGAAAAAGCUGAUGAAUUUUACCAGAAAGAAGUUGGGGUCCUCUUGACUCCUCCAACUGAAAAACAGAAGGCAGACAGCUGGAUGGGCCUUGAAGUGAAACGUGAGUUACAGUUAAAAUACCAUGAUGUCGAGAGGCCUGCCUGUGAUGUAGCUAUAUCCGGGCUCGGGUGGAUAACUGUUGAACCAUUUGGCCCAUCACCCGUGUCAGAUGGAGGUGAAAGUGGUGGUGAGAUAGUGUUAGCAGCCCAUGUUCCAAAGCCCGUGGAAGUUUUUGUGCGGCCUCCUUUACCAGUUGGUGCCGCUGGAGGGAAAUGGUACGAGUAUAGGGAAUUGACGGAAUUGGAACAGGAAGUAAGACCAAAAUGGUACUUUUGAAUCGCUGUAAAUUGCAUAUAAGGUGUCAACUCUACGUAUCAAGGCCGCACUUGAUUGACAAGCUUGGAAGAGGCUUUGGAAACGAUACAUUUUAUGUGCUCGAUGAGUGCAGAAGAAGGAAGAAAGUGCAUAUCUGCAGAUUUCUGGCAAAGCUCUGCCUUACGUUUGGUGGUCGGUCGAAUGGUUAAUUCACCUGUAGGCCUGUGAAUUCGUUUGUUUUGUCAAUCUAAGGCUGGGUGUAAAAUUUGUCACAUCUAAGGAUAUUUUUGUCCCUUUACUUAAUCACAUGUAUUUCCUAAAUGUUUUUAUACAAGUGAAUAUAUUUAUAAUAUUUUUUUGAUAA